AUGGCUGAGGUUGCGGAGACCGCAGGGCUGCUGCUUCCGCAGCUGCUGGCGGAGAAUGCCCGCCUCAAGGCGCGGGUUGGCGUCCCCGAGGGGGAGCGGGUGCUGCAGGAGGUGCUGCAGGAGCAACUACGGCGCUUCUUCGACGACGCGCGACGGACGCUGGAGGACGCCAUGUCGCGGGCCGUUGUGCUGGGGAGCCACGCGGAGGAGGCGGACGCGGGCGAGGGCGAGGGCGAGACGCGCCGCGUCUCCGCCCUUGUGGAGACGCUGCAGGUGCUGGGCGAGCAGAACGAGGGGCUGCUGCGGCAGAUGAGCGAGAUGCAGACGCGGUCGGUGGUGGAGCUGAACGGCAAGGUGGAGGCGCUGGCGGCUGAGCGGGACACGCUGCGGCAACGGGUGCUGCAGCUGGAGGAGGAAGUGGCGGCGGCCACCGCGACGGGCGAGCAGCCGCCGUCGCUCCUGGCGGAGCUGCGCCACCUGCGUGAGUCGGAGGCCCUGCUGCGGCAGCAGCUCGAGGAGCUGCGGCGGCGGGGUGAGGCGUCGGUCGCGGAGACCAACAGAAUCGUCGCGGACGGCCUGCACGGCGCCCUGCAGCUGCCGCACCUGCUUGAGCAGCUGGGGGAGGCGCGGACGCGGCUGCGCCAGGUGGAGGCCGAGCGGGAGCUCUUCCGCCUGCAGAUGGAGGAGGCGCAGGGGCGCGGCGGGCUGCGGCAGGCGCUGCGCGAGGAGCAGCUGGCGGACGAGGUGGCGCUGCGGGAAUCCACCGUCCGCGAGCUCCGCGCGCGCGUGACGGCGCUGGAGGCGCGCGAGGCGGCGGAGGCGGAGGCGCACAAAGCGACCGUGGCGCAGCUGGAGGCCACCGUUGCGGCGCUGCGCACGAGACACGCCUCGCCCGAUGAGGCGCUGGCGACGAAGCGGCGGCGUCUCGAGGCGGAAGUCGGCGACGACCCCAACUCCGUCCGCCGCGAGUUCAUCACGUUUUGGUUCGAGGGGCGCGCGGAGCUGCAGCAGCUGCGGGAGAAGGAGCGCCUGCUGCGCGGCACGCAGGAGCGGCUGACGCAGCUGGAGCGCACCCGCGCCACCGUGACGCGCAGGCUCGUCACCCUUGCCGACGAGAUUGGGCGCGUGCGGGAGGAAAACCAGGCGCUGCGGGCGCAGAGCGUGGGGCUUGAGGUGGAGCGCGACUACUUGCGUGGCAGCCUCGCCGCCGCCAUCUCCCACCACAUGCAGGAGGAGGAGCUGCGGCAGUGCAGCACGGCGAUCCGCGACGCCGCCGUAAAGGCGGCCGCGGCGAGCCUAAGUGUGGUGGCGGACCCGCAGGCCAUUCAGCAGGCAAUGCGGCAGUCGCAGGAGCUCAAGAACGAGGUGGCGCAGCUUGUUAAGCAGCGGGAGAAACUGCACCGCUACAUUGCGUUGCACGAGGAACGGAUCACGGCACUCGCCACACGCGAAGCCUUGCUGGCGGCUGAGGGGGCAAAGACGUCCACUGCGACUACCACCACCACUACGACGACGACGAUGACGACGACUGGCGCCGGUGACGGCGGCUUUGUCGCACAGACGGUGCAAGCAGCGGAGAUGCAGGCGCUCGACGUGUUGACGGGGCUAGGCGAGGAAGCCAGCGCCCACACAGAGGGUGGGAGGCGGCGGCAGGCGACUUUUCUCAGCAUGCAGCAGCGCAUGGAGGAGUGUGAGCGGCAGCUCGAGGCGUGCCAGCAGCAGCUGUCGGACGCCAGCGGGGAGCGCGAUGAUGCGAGGCGGCAGCUUGAGGCAAUGCAGGCCGAAAUGCGCUCCACGCUUGCCGCACGUGAGGCUGCCAUGUCCGAGCUGCUCAACAGUAAUGCGGCGCUGAUGCACUCCACGGCGGCGCUGCGGACUGAGAAUCAACAGAUGCGUGCGUCCUACGAGGCCUCGGUCGCAUUUUCGCAAAAGCUCUCCACGGCGCUGACCGGAUUGCUGGAGCUGCUUCGUGCCGAAAUGAGCUUUGCGGCCUCCCUGAAUUCCAUGCUGGCCACGGAGCGUGCGGAGCUCGUGGAGCUCACACGCCGCAACGCCGAGGCCUGGAGCGCACGCGGGGAAGAGGUUCAGGAUGUGGUGGCGGCGGUGCGGCGCAUGUGCGGCUACAUCCUUCAGGCGGUGGAGCAGCAGCAGCGCACCCGCGCCCUGCAGGAGACGGCGCACCUGCGUCACCUGACGGAGUCGCUCAAGCAGCAGGAGGCGCGGCUGCAGGAGACGCAGGCGACGUUCACGCAGGCCUGUCAGGCGUUGGGCGAGGGCCUCGCGCAGCGCAUCACCGCCGCGCAGCAGAGCGCAGACGCCCUCUGGAAGAAGCGCACGACGGCGCUGUUGGAGGAGCGGCAACACCUGCAGGCGCAACUGGGCGCUGAAAAGGAGCUGCUGGCGAGAAUAGAGCGCUCACUGGUGGCUCCCCCGGCCUCCCCCGCCUCCUCAACAACGACAGCGGCGGCGGCGGCGGCGGCGGCGGAAGAGUCGCGUGGCUCGCACCACCAGGUGCUGGAUGCGGUCAAUCGGCUCCUGGCAAUGUCCUCCCCGCAGGCCGCCGCCACUGCCGAGGCGGAGGAAGAGCAUGUGGAGGGGGAGGAGCAGGGCUGCGGGGAGCCGUCGCACGGCCUACCGCUGGCCGCAGCUGCCGGCACCGCGGAGAACGCGAGCGCGCUGCGGGCGACCGAGGAAGCGGACGCUGGCGGAGAGCCGCAGGUGGAGAGGGCAGAAGAGGACGACGAAGAUGUCACGCGGCCCGCCUAA